CAGGCCGCCCGCGCGCCUCCUCGGGCUCCUCGUGUCCCGCCGCGCCAAGCAGCCUCCUCUGGGUGCCGGCGCUUGUACACCAUGGCCCCCGGGCGGACCGGGGCCGGCGCCGCUGUGCGCGCCCGCCUGGCGCUGGCCUUGGCGCUGGCGAGCAUCCUGAACGGACCCCCCGCUGCUGCCUGCCCCACCAAGUGUACCUGCUCCGCCGCUAGCGUGGACUGCCACGGGCUGGGCCUGCGCGCCGUUCCCCGGGGCAUCCCCCGCAACGCUGAGCGCCUUGACCUGGACAGAAAUAACAUCACCAGGAUCACCAAAAUGGACUUCACCGGCCUGAAGAAUCUCCGAGUCUUGCAUCUGGAAGACAAUCAGGUCAGCGUCAUCGAGAGAGGCGCCUUCCAGGAUCUGAAGCAGCUGGAGCGAUUACGUCUGAACAAGAACAAGCUCCAGGUCCUUCCAGAAUUACUUUUCCAGAGCACGCCGAAGCUCACCAGACUAGAUCUGAGCGAAAACCAGAUCCAGGGCAUCCCGAGGAAGGCGUUCAGAGGCGUCACGGGCGUGAAGAACCUGCAACUGGACAAUAACCACAUCAGCUGCAUUGAAGAUGGAGCCUUCCGAGCGCUGCGCGAUUUGGAGAUCCUCACCCUUAACAACAACAACAUCAGCCGUAUCCUGGUCACCAGCUUCAACCACAUGCCGAAGAUCCGGACCCUGCGUCUCCACUCCAACCACCUGUACUGUGAUUGUCACUUGGCCUGGCUCUCAGACUGGCUGCGACAGCGGCGGACCAUUGGCCAGUUCACCCUCUGCAUGGCGCCCGUGCACCUGAGAGGCUUCAGUGUAGCAGACGUGCAGAAGAAGGAGUAUGUGUGUCCAGGUCCCCACUCAGAGGCUCCAGCCUGCAAUGCCAACUCCCUCUCCUGCCCUUCUGCUUGCUCAUGCAGUAAUAACAUUGUGGACUGCCGAGGGAAGGGACUGACAGAGAUCCCUGCCAACCUGCCGGAGGGCAUCGUGGAAAUACGCCUAGAACAGAACUCCAUCAAAUCCAUUCCUGCAGGAGCUUUCAUCCAGUACAAAAAACUGAAGCGAAUAGACAUCAGCAAGAAUCAGAUAUCAGACAUUGCUCCAGAUGCCUUCCAGGGCCUGAAAUCACUCACGUCGCUGGUGCUCUAUGGGAACAAGAUCACAGAGAUUCCCAAAGGACUGUUUGACGGGCUGGUGUCCCUGCAGCUGCUCCUCCUCAAUGCCAACAAGAUCAACUGCCUGCGGGUAAACACCUUCCAGGACCUACAGAACCUCAAUCUGCUCUCCCUGUAUGACAACAAGUUGCAGACUAUCAGCAAAGGGCUCUUCGCUCCGCUGCAGUCCGUCCAGACCCUCCACUUAGCUCAAAACCCGUUUGUUUGCGACUGCCACUUGAAGUGGUUGGCCGACUACCUCCAGGACAACCCCAUUGAGACGAGCGGGGCCCGCUGCAGCAGCCCACGCCGGCUGGCCAACAAGCGCAUCAGCCAGAUCAAAAGCAAGAAGUUCCGCUGCUCAGGCUCUGAGGAUUAUCGCAACAGAUUCAGCAGCGAGUGCUUCAUGGACCUAGUGUGCCCCGAGAAGUGCCGUUGUGAGGGCACCAUUGUGGACUGCUCCAACCAGAAGCUCUCCCGCAUCCCGAGCCACCUCCCUGAAUAUACCACUGACCUGCGACUGAACGACAAUGACAUCUCUGUGCUGGAGGCCACUGGGAUCUUCAAGAAGUUGCCCAACCUGAGGAAAAUAAACUUAAGCAAUAAUAGGAUCAAGGAGGUGCGGGAGGGUGCGUUCGAUGGAGCGGCAGGCGUGCAGGAACUGAUGCUGACGGGAAACCAGCUGGAGACCAUGCACGGGCGCAUGUUCCGGGGCCUCAGUGGCCUGAAGACACUGAUGUUAAGGAGCAACCUGAUCAGCUGCGUAAACAAUGACACCUUCUCUGGCCUAAGCUCUGUGAGACUGCUGUCCCUCUAUGACAAUCGGAUCACCACCAUCAGCCCUGGAGCCUUCACCACGCUCGUCUCCCUGUCCACCAUAAACCUCUUGUCUAACCCUUUCAACUGCAACUGUCACAUGGCCUGGCUCGGCCGGUGGCUGAGGAAACGCCGAAUCGUAAGCGGGAACCCCAGAUGUCAGAAGCCCUUUUUCCUCAAGGAGAUUCCUAUCCAAGAUGUGGCCAUCCAGGACUUCACCUGCGAAGGCAAUGAGGAGAACAGCUGUCAGCUGAGUCCACGCUGCCCCGAGCAGUGUACCUGUGUGGAGACAGUGGUGCGAUGCAGCAACAGGGGUCUCCGCGCCCUCCCCAAGGGCAUGCCAAAGGACGUGACUGAACUGUACCUGGAAGGAAAUCAUUUAACAGCGGUGCCCAAAGAAUUGUCCACCUUCCGACAGCUGACACUAGUUGACCUGAGCAACAACAGCAUCAGCAUGCUGACCAAUCACACCUUCAGCAACAUGUCCCACCUCUCCACACUGAUCCUGAGCUACAACCGGCUGAGAUGCAUCCCGGUCCAUGCCUUCAACGGGCUAAGGUCGCUCCGAGUGCUAACCCUCCAUGGCAACGACAUUUCCAGUGUUCCUGAAGGCUCCUUCAAUGAUCUGACGUCCCUCUCCCACCUGGCCCUGGGAACCAACCCUCUCCACUGUGACUGCAGUCUGCGUUGGUUAUCAGAGUGGAUAAAGGCUGGGUACAAGGAGCCUGGCAUUGCCAGAUGCAGUAGCCCCGAGUCCAUGGCAGACAGACUCCUGCUCACCACCCCCACCCACAGGUUCCAGUGCAAAGGGCCAGUGGACAUUAACAUCGUGGCCAAGUGCAACGCCUGCCUCUCUAGCCCAUGCAAGAACAACGGCACUUGCAGCCAGGAUCCGGUGGAGCAGUACCGCUGUACCUGCCCUUACAGCUACAAGGGCAAGGACUGCACCGUGCCCAUCAACACCUGCGUCCAGAACCCCUGUCAGCACGGAGGCACCUGUCACCUCAGUGAGAGCCACAGAGAUGGGUUCAGCUGCUCCUGCCCCCUGGGCUUUGAGGGACAGCGGUGUGAGAUCAACCCAGAUGACUGUGAGGAUAACGACUGUGAAAACAGCGCCACCUGUGUGGACGGGAUCAACAACUACGCAUGCGUGUGCCCGCCGAACUACACAGGGGAGCUGUGUGAUGAAGUGAUUGACUACUGCGUGCCCGAGAUGAACCUCUGUCAGCACGAGGCCAAGUGCAUCUCCUUGGACAAAGGAUUCAGGUGCGAAUGCGUCCCUGGCUACAGUGGAAAGCUGUGUGAGACAGACAACGAUGACUGUGUGGCUCACAAGUGUCGCCACGGAGCCCAGUGUGUGGACACGGUCAAUGGCUACACGUGCAUCUGCCCCCAGGGCUUCAGCGGCCUCUUCUGUGAGCACCCCCCACCCAUGGUUCUGCUACAGACCAGCCCCUGUGACCAGUACGAGUGCCAGAAUGGGGCGCAGUGCAUCGUGGUACAGCAGGAGCCCACUUGCCGCUGUCCCCCAGGCUUCGCUGGGCCCAGGUGUGAGAAGCUCAUCACUGUGAAUUUCGUGGGCAAGGACUCCUAUGUGGAACUGGCCUCUGCCAAGGUCCGGCCCCAGGCCAACAUCUCCCUGCAGGUGGCCACUGACAAGGACAACGGCAUCCUUCUUUACAAGGGAGACAACGACCCCCUGGCACUGGAGCUGUACCAGGGUCACGUGAGGCUGGUGUAUGACAGCCUGAGCUCCCCUCCGACCACGGUGUACAGUGUGGAGACGGUGAAUGAUGGCCAGUUUCACAGCGUGGAGCUGGUGAUGCUAAACCAGACCCUGAACCUGGUGGUAGACAAAGGAGCCCCCAAGAGCCUGGGGAAACUCCAGAAGCAGCCAGCAGUGGGCAUCAACAGCCCCCUCUAUCUUGGAGGCAUCCCCACGUCUACAGGCCUCUCAGCCUUACGCCAGGGUGCAGACAGGCCGCUGGGCGGCUUCCACGGCUGUAUCCACGAAGUGCGUAUCAACAACGAGUUGCAGGAUUUCAAAGCCCUCCCACCCCAGUCCCUGGGGGUCUCUCCCGGCUGCAAAUCCUGCACUGUGUGUCGUCACGGCCUGUGCCGCUCCGUGGAGAAGGACAGCGUAGUGUGUGAGUGCCAUCCGGGAUGGACUGGUCCACUAUGUGAUCAGGAAGCCCAGGACCCCUGCCUUGGUCACAGCUGCAGCCAUGGGACAUGCGUGGCGACUGGCAACUCAUACGUGUGCAAGUGUGCCGAGGGCUAUGGGGGAGCUUUGUGUGACCAGAAGAAUGACUCUGCCAAUGCCUGCUCAGCCUUCAAGUGCCACCACGGGCAGUGCCACAUCUCAGAUCGAGGGGAGCCCUAUUGCCUGUGCCAGCCUGGCUUCAGUGGCAAUCACUGUGAGCAAGAGAAUCCAUGUUUGGGGGAGAUAGUCCGUGAAGCCAUCCGCCGCCAGAAAGAUUAUGCCUCCUGUGCCACAGCAUCCAAGGUGCCCAUCAUGGUAUGCCGCGGGGGCUGCGGGAGCCAAUGCUGCCAGCCGAUUCGGAGCAAGCGGCGGAAAUACGUCUUCCAGUGCACUGACGGCUCCUCGUUCGUGGAAGAGGUGGAGAGACACUUGGAAUGUGGCUGUCGUGAGUGUUCCUGAGCCCCUCCCCCUCUGCCGCCCACUCAUCCUCCGCCUUCCGGACUCCACGUGGAACCUCUUUGAGAUUCAGAAUGAAGGAGAGAAAGCUUGAGAGCAAGAGGCAAAAGAGAGAAUAUUAAGUAUAUUGUAAAAUAAACAAAAAAAAUAGAACUUAUUUUUAUUAUGGAAAGUGACUAUUUUCAUCUUUUAUUAUAUAAAUAUAUCACACCGUCUGAGUAUAUGGA